CAAGCAGUGAAUAACAAAAUAAGGCAUGGAACCGUGCACCGUUGUCACUUAACCUGCAAUACUUUGUUUUAUUCGACGAUCGAACUGACGGGUCUUAACGGAUUUCCCGUAAUUUUUCCUCUCUACAUAGCAUUAAACAAAACGUGGGUCAAUGAUACCAAACGGACUUCAAGAGGUAAAAGCGGAGAAAUGUUCUCCAAAAAGGUCAUCAUCAUCUUCACCAUUGAUGAAGUUGUCGUCUUACCUAUUAGCGAUCAGACCGUGGUCACUGAGCGCCUCGCUGAUACCAACUGUGUUAGGUUCCGCGUUGGCAUAUAAAUUGACAGAACUGUCCGAGCUCUGUUUGAUUAUUUUUAUAUUGACUCUACUGACGGUCGCUUGUGUACAUGGUGCUGGAAAUGUUGUCAACACAUACUUUGAUUAUAUCAAAGGAGUGGACAGUCGUAAAAGUGAUGAUAGGAUUUUGGUAGACCACCUGCUCUCUCAAAAUGAAUUGGUUACACUGGGGACAUGGCUCUAUGCAGCUGGCUGCUUGGGCUUUGUUUUACUAGCAAUGCUAUCACCUGCCAAAAUGGAACACCUUGCUCUCAUCUACUUUGGAGGUUUAUCCUCUUCGUUUCUCUACACAGGUGGUAUUGGUCUCAAGUAUAUUGCCCUUGGAGAUGUUUUGAUACUUGUAAUUUUUGGUCCAAUAUCAGUUUUGUUUGCUUUCAUGGCACAGACUGGAUACAUCAAAUGGAAUAUAAUGUACUAUGCUAUACCACUGGCUCUUAACACUGAAGCCAUUCUGCACAGCAACAAUACACGUGAUCUUGAAAGUGAUAAACGAGCGGGUAUAGUGACACUUGCAAUUUUAAUAGGUUAUACAGCAUCACAUGUUUUGUAUGCAUUUCUGUUGUUCACGCCAUAUGUAACACUUGUGGUACUGUCAUUUAGAUAUUCAAAAUGGUUUUUACUACCACUAGUUACUUUACCACAGGCUUUUACAAUAGAAAAAAGGUUUCGAAACCCAACUACAAUACAGGAUGUUCCAAAGAGAACUGCCAGUCUCAAUCUCUACUUAGGAAUUUUAUACAUUAUUGCUUGUUUACAAACUGAUAGACUCCCUUAUCUGCAAUCUGUAUAAAAUUGUUUGGACAUAGAUCAAUCACGUGUCAGCGGCACAAUUCAGUGCUUAACAGAGACUCAAUAUAGCAGAUAUACAGUUUUAAUACUUUAAAGUUCAGUUAUUUGUGUUCACUUUGAAAAGAAUUUCAGAAUCUACAGAGAUACUUAUUAACUAAAUUUUAUAAAAAUAUGUUCAUUUGAGUACUUAAGACUGAAAUCUUAAGUAGAAUUUCUAUGUAGAAAAAUAAUUAAUUCACAUCUUUUACAUUGAACAGAUCUAAUUAAUUCAAGUGUAAGAGUGUUUUCAUAAUUGGUUGAUUUUAUAAAUUUUAUCAAGCAUAAUAAUAUAAUUUCUUUUUUAAUGCAUCACAUAGUGCUUGACAUUUCUUAGAAAUGUGUUCAAUAUUUUGGAAGUUUGUCAAAUUCGCCAUCUCAUUUUCAUGAUAUGUAUGAAUGCAUAAGUUUGAUAUUCUCUCACAUAAUUGUAAGUCAUGAUUUGAUUAUUAUAAAAUUUAUAUAUUUCUAACAAUUUGCCAAAUGAACAGUAACUGCUUACAACAGAAAACAUAGAUUUAAUACGUUAUGGCGUUUGUAGAUGUAUUUGUUAUGAUUGUCAUGAAUUUAUGACAAUGUAUUAGGGCUGGAUCGAGUAUAUGCUAAAUUUUUGUAUAGUCAUUCUAUUGCGUAAGGAAAUGUUGUCUGAAUGCCGUGGUGCUUUGAAUUAAUGUUGGAAAAUUUUGUUUCCAGCUUUCUCAAUGAACUUAUGAAAUAAAACAGAUUGUAUUAUAAUAUAAAUAAUAAUCAUUUUUUCGAUAUUACA